AUGAUUAUUGCCGUAUUUUUAACAACUGUUUUAAUUGUGUUCUUAAUUCAGUGGUAUUAUGAACGAAAGAAGUAUUAUAAAUUUGCUGACUUAAUUCCUUCAGCCAAAAAUUAUGGAAUUUUAGGACAUGGACCACACUUUUUGGGGAAGAACGAUGAAGGGCGUUUUAAAUUGCUUCAUGAUUUGUGCCUUAAAUACAAUCAUUUAAUAAAAUUAUGGCUUGGACCAGCAAUUUUGUGGGUCCUUGUGAACGAUCCAAAAUCAAUCCAGAAAGUGCUUUUGUCGCCUGUGUGUCUUGAGAAGCCGUUUUUCUAUAAAUUUUUACGGCUUGACUCAGGACUAAUAUCGGCGAAAUAUGAUGUCUGGAAAAUCCAUCGUAAAUCCCUCAACUACUCUUUCAAUCUUCGAAUUCUUCAAACAUUCAUCCCGAUCUUCAUCGAAAAUGCCCAAAAAUUGGUAAACGAUCUUGCUGUAAAUAUUGGAAAGACCAAAGAAUUUGACAUGCUUGCCUACACAUCGAAAUCUGCCCUCAAUAUGAUAUGCGGCACUUCAUUUGGACUGGAUAUUAAAAACAUUACAAUGGGUGAUGAUGUGUUUCAUGCUCUUGAAAAGCUGAACAGAGCAAUUUCAGCUCGCAGUCAAUCAUUCUUCUUAUACUCGGAGCCAAUUUAUCGGAUGUCUAAAUACUAUCGUGAUGAAAUGGAGAGCCGUAAUGUUUGUUAUUCAUCAGCCGAUAUGAUCAUAAAAGUUAAACGUAAGGCAUUGGAGGAUGAAGAAAGUGCCGAUAACAAUGACCAUGAGCACAAUGUGGAUACUGAUGAAUUAUAUCGUGAGUCACUGGAAAGAUUUCCACAAUUGCGAUCACUUAAGAAAGAGGACGUAAUUGAUCAAAUAAAGGCGAGUCUACAAAAGAAGGUCACACAAGCUGGCGAUGAAGAUAUGCCAACAAGAAAAAUUUUUAUUGAUCAUGUAAUUUGUAAUGAUACCAAGUUUACUGACAAUGAGAUUCGCGAUCAUGUUUAUACGGUGGUUGCUGCUGGAAGUGAAACUACAGCUUUGCAAACUGCACACACUAUCAUGCUCCUUGCCACCCACCCAGAAAUUCAAGAACGUGUUGUUGCUGAGAUUAAGGAUGUCUUCUUCUCAGAUGCAGUUGAAGUCAAUUAUGACAAUUUAGUAAAAUUGGAAUAUCUUGAAAGAGUCGUAAAAGAAUCACUUCGAUUAUGCCCAGUCGUUCCAGUCAUUGGAAGAGAAACGCAAGCACCAAUAAAGAUUGACGAUGACAUAGAAAUACCAGCUGGAAUCACGUUACUCAUCAAUUUCUACACAUUACAUCGACGACCUGACAUUUGGGGAGAUGAUGCUGAAGAAUUCAAUCCGGAUCACUUCUUGCCUGAACAUGUUGAAAAGAGACAUCCAUACAGUUUCCUUCCAUUCAGCGGUGGACAACGCAACUGCAUUGGUUAUCGGUAUGCAAUGAUUGCGUUAAAGACCCUCCUCGUCCAUUUACUAACAGCAUACAAAUUCUCAUCAUCAAUGACGUAUAAAGAUUUAAGAUUCAAGACAGACAUCAAUCUUAAGUUAUGCACAAAACAUUUAGUCAGCAUUGAGCCUAGAAACUAA